AUGGGUCUGGUAAAUCUCCAUGGGUCACAGCCUUCGGGUCAUGACCUGCAGUCAUACUUGUAUAACAUGUGUCGUACUUCGAGAGCAUUGUGGUGGCAGAGAUACCAGCCAGUUAGCUACAAGCUUUGCUCAAGAUCAGGAACUGAGGAGGAGCUGAUGGCUGUGAUUAAACGCUGCAGCAGCACUGGGAUAAACAUCUAUGUGGAUGCGGUCAUUACAUGUGGAGCAGGUGGUGGAGAAGACAAUCACUCCAGCUGUGGCACCUACUUUAAUGCUGACCAGAAAGACUUGCCCUACUCAUAUUGAGACUUCAGCGAUGAAAAAUGUAAAUCCAGCAAUGACGAAAUUGAAAAGUACCAAGAUAUUUUUCAGAUCAGGGAUUGCAGGUUGGUUGGUCUUCUGGACCUUGUCCUGGAGAAGGAUCACAUGAGAGGAAAAGUGGCCGAAUACCUGAACAAGCUGAUCGAUAUGGGACUGGCUGCAUUCAGACUGGAUGCCAGCAGGCACAUGUGGUCUGGCGACCUACAGGCGGUUUCUGACAAACUGCACAACCUCAGCAGCAAAUGGUCCCAUCUGUUUCCAGUUCUUAUUGACUUAGGUGGGGAACCCGUCCAAGUAAGUAAGUACUUUGGUCUUGGGAGCGUGACAGAGUUCAAAUCCAGUGCCAAACUGGGCAUCGUUGUGUGCAGAUGGGAUAAGGAGAAGCUAAGCUAUCUGAAGAGCUGGGAAGAGGGCUGGGCCCUUAUGCCUACUGUUAAGGCUUUGGUGUUCGUGGACAACCAUGGUGCCAUGGUGCUGGGGAGCCGGUGGUGGGGAGCAUGCCAGAAGAUGGCUACGGGCCUCGUGCUUGCGCAUCCGUAUGGUUUGACCAGAGUGAUGUCCAGCUACCGCUGGCAUUGGCGUUUUAAGAAUGAAAAGGAUUUGCAUGACCGUAUGGGCCCUCCGAGCCAUAGCAAUGGAUCAACCAAGCCUGUGGCCAUUAACCCGGACACCACGUGGGAACGGCAGGGUGCGUCAUGACGUCUGCAGAAUAUGGUGAUAUUUGGACAUGUACUCAACGGAAAGCCUUUCACCAACUGGUUACAGAACAGUAAUAAUCAGAUCGCCUUUGGUCGUGGCAGUCAGGGGUUCAUUGUCUUCAACAACAAUGACUGGGGAGCAUGGCCUUAACAGCCUUAACGGCAUGCCAAACAAAACAUCAGAGCCGAAACGUCAGAUACGAAUCCGUCGGCUUGAUUUCAUUUAUACCGCAUGUUUCCCCACCCGUUUCUCUG